AUGGGGUGCCUGGAUUACUUCUGGGAGUUCUGGAACUACGAGACUCCCAAAGUGAUUGUGGUGAAGAACAGGAACCUUGGGGUCAUCUAUAGACUUGUUCAGCUCCUCAUCCUGGUCUAUUUCAUCUGGUACGUGUUUAUCAUCCAGAAGGGCUACCAGGAGAGCGAGUCAGGCCCAGAAAGCUCCGUCAUCACUAAAGUGAAGGGUGUCAGUCGCUCUCAGCACAAGGUCUGGGACGUGGAGGAAUAUGUGAAGCCCCCGGAGGGAGGCAGCGUCUUCAGUAUCAUCACCCGCGUCCAAGUCACCCCCUCACAGACUCAGGACACCUGCCCUGAGAACAUGAGGGCUCUGUGCCGCUCCGACAGGAACUGCAAUGCAGGAGAGAUGGAUAUGCUGGGGAAUGGAGAGAAGACAGGACGUUGUAUCUCCUAUAACUACAGCAAGAAAACCUGUGAGAUUAGAGCUUGGUGCCCAGUGGAGGACGCGGCAUCUGUCAGUGAGAACUUGUCAAAGAUGGCCCCAGAGUUCACCAUCCUCAUCAAGAACAACAUCCAUUUCCCUCGCUUCCGGUUUACCAAAGGGAACGUCAAGGACAACGAUGACAGCUACCUGAAGAGCUGCACCUUCAACGAAACAACAGGCCUCUACUGCCCCAUCUUCAAGCUGGGCUUCAUUGUGGAGAAGGCGGGAGAGAACUUCACCCAGCUGGCUGAGAAGGGCGGCGUGAUUGGGGUGAUCAUUAACUGGAAUUGCAACCUGGACCUGCCGGAUACGGAGUGCAAUCCUCGCUAUUCCUUCCGCAGGCUCGACCCCAAGUGGGCCCAGGCCUCCUCUGGAUACAAUUACAGGUUUGCCAAGUACUACAAGCACAGGGGCAAGAGCACCCGCACCUUGAUCAAGGCUUAUGGCAUCCGCAUCGAUGUGAUUGUGCACGGGCAGGCAGGGAAGUUCAGCCUUAUCCCCACAAUCAUUAAUCUGGCCACGGCACUGACGUCAGUGGGAGUGGUGAGACUUCAAUUGAUCACUCUCCUCCUCCGGCAGGGCUCCUUCCUCUGCGACUGGAUCUUGCUGACCUUCAUGAACAAGAACGACAUCUACAGUGCCCGGAAGUUUGACCAGAUGCCCAAGCUCCAAGAGGGAACUCCGACGACGGACUGCAGCAUAACCGAUUCCUGCACUCAGGCCUCCUCGCCCGCAGACUCCAAAGCGCCCAUCCAUCUCUGAGGACUCAGGAGCUCCUUUCCUGUCCCAUUUUCUCAGGAUGGUCUUCUCUGCAUCUGAUAAAAGGCAACUUCAUCCUCCUGUGGCCCCCGGUACAAUAAAACGAGUCUGUCUUGAAGGUGUUGGGAGAGGAGUCUCAUUUUGACCACAAGACCGGUGGAAUUCGUUCUUCCCAGGGUACAAAAACAGCCCUACGAAAUUCCUGAGAGGCGAAUGGGAGGAGCAGGGAGGAACUGAGC